AACUCUAUGCAGAAGGUUCUGGAACAGUGCUAUACCACUGUCUCACUGACAUUUGCUUGCUCCCCACCUACAGGCUAUGCACUAGAGAAGAAAAUCAUCAAAAGCAAAGUGGGGCAAAAAGUCGGCCUCCCUUGUUGUCAUGAGAUUCCCAGCUCAGAAAGCCUACACAAUUACCGGGUCUACUGGCAGAAGAACAUCACAGACGUAGUGCUCGCCUACGCAGAGGGGAAGAUCCUCUCUGACCACGUACAGUUUCUCCCGCGGUACAAGAACCGGACAGAGAUGGACCCCAGGAACCUCACCCUGUGGAUCUCCCCUGUGGAAAUCCUGGACAAUGGCUCCUACCAGUGUGUAGUUCAGCACCUCAAAUAUUUGCAGAACUCAUUUGUUUUGUGUGAUGAGCGUGUCACCCUCUUUGUUACAGCUGACUUCAGUGAGCCGAACAUAACAGCAGAAGUAUCCGCUAAUACUUGUGAAUCAACUGAGAUGGUGGUAAGAUGUUCUUCUCACGGAGGUUUCCCCAAGCCCAAAAUCUCUGGAGCCCUCAACAACGUGUCCGUGGUGUGGAAUGUCAGCUGGGUGUCUGAGUCCCUCAGCCUCUACAACGUCACCGCUGAAGUGCGGCUCAACGUGACCAAAGACGUCGAAUUCACCUGCUCCAUUGAAUAUGAUGGCUUUGCCAAGUCCACCACUUUGCUUCUGACCACAAAUUUCUGCGUUGUCCCUACUGUACCUCCAUCGUAUAAUGUCAUUACUGCUUCAAGUAUCAUCAUUGUCAUCUUCCUUUUGGCUGUCAUCCUAGCAGCAAGAUACCUCCUAAGGCAUGUCUGUUCUUGCUGUUCUAAGCCUUGGGACUCGGUGGAAGAGGGCACGAGAGAAUGUACAGAGCUGCCUGUGAGCUCUCAAGUGACAUCUGAGACAUCCUUUGUAUGACUGGAUUGCAUCUGCAGGUUUCUUAUCCUGUGUAUUCCACACUGCAGUCCCCACUGUCAUUGUCCAGCAAUGCUUAUUGCGUUGACCCUUUGGCUCUCUGAAAGGGGACGACAGCAGUAGAAAACAGCUCAAGAAGACUGACAACAUAAUCUUGUGUGAACCAAAACCAAAGCCCACCUAAGCCACGGAAGCUUGGGGGUGGUCUUGUUACAACGGGGUCGCUGGAAUUCCAAAUGGGCGGACCCUCUCUGUUCCUGCAGUGGGGCAGAAGAGUGUCAUCAGCCUCGACAGCCCAGUUCAAGAGUCUGGGAUCCUCUGGCUUCGACUCUGCCUCGACGAAAAUCAGGGAGCCUGCAGAGCCCACACCCACCUACCCCGUUAGUAACACAGAGCUGGCCUUUGGGAGACCCCAAACUCCGACACACACUCUCAAAUCAGGCUGUGCCUCCAUGUUGCGACUGGGAACAGCUAAAACUUCAUUCAUAUUCAGCCUCGCAUGGGUAUCCUCCAGGACUGUUCUUUGUGCUGGAGGACUUUGGAUUUUGACAUGACCGUUACGGACACGUCCCUUCUCCCCUAAAGAGGCAAUAAUAAUGCACACACUUUUCAUGAAAAAAGCACCUUGAGGUGGGACUACAUGCCUCGUGCUUCUUUUCAGUGCUAUGAGACUUUUUAGGGAAUGAUCCAUACUGACAGCACACCUAACAGCUAACUCAUAUUGCUUAUCUGCAGCAGUGGCAGAAGUUCUCAUAACCUUUCUCUCCUGAAAGGAUGGCCUUGCCAACCCAGGCACCAAGAUACAGCUCCUCCAUUAAUUUCCUCAGAGAUACAGCAGCACAUCUGACACAGCACAGCCCGCCGCGUGUGUGUGGGCACACCUUUGCACAUACACACACACAAGCUUUUUUAUCCAUUCCUUCCCACCCAUGCUUCUAAAGCCCCAUUUAAAUUUCUGUAGCACUCAGUGGUUAUUUCAUAUGUAUCUACUGUAAUGAAAUGUAACUCAGGGUCUUGUUUCAUAAACAUAGGUCUGCUUUUGUUUGUACAUUUGCCUAGGAAUGCUUGUCAGGGUAGGCUCUCCAGAUUCUCGGAAGUCUCUCCCGGCAGCAUAGGGAUUUACUUGGUGUUGAAUACUGCUGCUUUCUGCCAGCGUUCUCUUGAAGUUCCCUACAGGAUGCUAACAUUGGAUAGGACUCAUCUGAUCUGGGUGACAUUCUUGCCUACCGUGUA